AGUGCUCGAGCUCCGGACGGGUCCGCGCCGGUCGCUUGGCCCGGGACUUAUUUCGCGCUUGUCUGCUUAGCGCGCAACUAUGGCGCGGAAGUCGAAUUUGUUUGUGUUUCUCGUGCCGCUCCUGCUCGGCCCGACCCUAGUGCGCGGCUUCAACACUCUGCCCCUGGUCCUCAACACUUGGCCUUUUAAGAGUGCAACCGAAGCAGCAUGGCUGGUGUUAGAAUCUGGUGGUUCUGCCCUCGAUGCCAUUGAGAAUGGCUGUGCUAUGUGUGAGAAAGAGCAGUGUGAUGGCUCCGUAGGCUUUGGAGGAAGUCCUGAUGAACUUGGGGAAACCACUCUGGAUGCCAUGAUCAUGGACGGCACUACCAUGAAUGUAGGAGCAGUAGGAGAUCUUAGACGAAUUAAAAAUGCUAUUGGUGUGGCACGGAAAGUACUAGAACAUACAACACACACACUUUUGGCAGGAGAGUCAGCCACCAAGUUUGCUGAAAGUAUGGGGUUUACCAAUGAGGAUUUAUCUACCAAUGCUUCUCAAGCUCUUCAUUCGGAUUGGCUUGCUCAGAAUUGCCAGCCAAAUAAUUGGAGAAAUGUAAUACCAGAUGCUUCAAAAUACUGUGGACCCUACAAACCACCUGGUAUCUUAAAUAAGGAUGAUCCUACCUAUAAAAAAGCAGAAGAUGAUUAUGGUCAUGAUACUAUUGGUAUGGUUGUCAUCCAUAAAACUGGACGUACAGCUGCUGGUACAUCUACAAAUGGUAUAAAAUUCAAAAUACCUGGUCGCAUAGGAGACUCACCAAUACCUGGAGCUGGGGCAUAUGCUGAUGAUACUGCAGGGGCAGCUGCAGCCACUGGUAAUGGUGAUAUAUUGAUGCGUUUUCUGCCAAGCUACCAAGCUGUAGAAUAUAUGAGUAGAGGAGAAGAUCCAACUAUAGCUUGCCAAAAAGUGAUUUCAAGAAUUCAGAAGUAUUUUCCAAAAUUUUUUGGGGCUGUUAUAUGUGCCAAUGUAACUGGAAGUUACGGUGCUGCUUGCAAUAAACUUCCAACAUUUACUCAGUUUAGUUUCAUGGUUUAUAAUUCUCUAAAAAAUGAACCAACUGAGGAAAAAGUUGACUGCAUCUAAUCCAUCUUCUCUGUCACUAUCUGUAUUUAAAGAAGAAAAAAACAAAAGCAAAAGAUUAUGAUCAUCAUGUAGUGGUUGUCUGCAUUGUAAGGUUUUUGUAUAAAGUAAACACAAAAAUAAAUUUAUGCUGAAAUGGCACUUUCUACAUCUGAAA